AUGAGGAGGGAUACGUAUGAAAAGGGCCUUAGAGAAUAUAUUGAUGUCACCAGAUGCGUGGAGGCGGAGAACAACGCAAUAGACAAGAUACAAUCUGGGGUUAAACGAUUCUCUAACAAAAAGUUAGCCUCAAGAUUAGGUAUACGGAAUAUUAUCAUGGAUGCACCUGAUACCCCUAAGUUAUUUGCAUUUGCAAAAACCCACAAACAGGGCCAAAAAUUAAGGCCAGUUGUUGAUAAGGCCAGAGCACCUACACGCAAAUUAGAGGCCUCGUUGCACAACAUCAUCGCUCCACAUUUAGAAGGAUACAGAUACAUGAUCUCUAAUCCAACGGAGUUAGUGGAGCUACUAAAGGUCACUGAACAUCCUACUUAUAUCACGGUAAUGGAUUUCCGCACACUAUAUCCUUCAAUCGAGAUUCCGCCAUGUUUUUGCAGAGCCAGAGACUUACUGUUUAAGAUCUUACGCAAUGAGGAGUUCCAUCAACAGGUGUUAGAGUUGUCCCACCUGAUAUGUUACAGCUCGAUCUUUCAAUUCGGAGGAGUUACAUACAUGCAAGGUAAAGCGGUCCCCAUGGGAAGCUCUCUCUCAGGGGACAUGUGUGAGCUGGUAAUCAGACAAUUGGAGAAUGCAACACUACCGAAUUUCCUUCAAAACAUCAUAAUUUACAAAUGA